GCCAACCUCGAAUAAGGUCUCGUUUGACGUUUGAUAAGAAAAUCCGAAAGUUUGCAAACAUCACGCAUCGGAAGUGAAAUUUAUUAUAAUUUUGACCAAGUCGGCAUUCUUCUGGAAGGAAAUCAAACGCAAUGGCUGAUGUUCUUGAUAUUUACAAUCAUGAAGAGUUUGAAGUUGACGAAGACGGGGACCAGGGGAUCGCCCGACUCAAGGAGAAAGCACGCAAACGGAAGGGACGCGGAUUUGGCAACGAAAGCAUUCCCCGUGAAGCGAUCGACUACGAGCGGUUGCAGGACGACGAGGAAGAAGCCGAACCCGGUCCCCAGCGCUCCGUUGAAGGUUGGAUCCUUUUUGUUACCUCGAUUCACGAGGAAGCUCAAGAGGAUGACAUACAGGAAAAGUUCUGCGAAUUUGGCGACAUCAAAAACAUUCAUCUGAAUUUGGAUCGACGUACCGGAUUUCUAAAAGGAUAUGCACUGGUGGAAUAUGAGACUUACAAGCAAGCAUUGGCAGCCAAGGAUGCACUGAACGGUUCUGACAUUCUGGGACAAACCAUUGCUGUUGAUUGGUGCUUUGUAAAGGGUCCUAAGAAGCUUAAGAAAUCGUCCGGAGAACGCAGGCGAAGAUAAGAGUUGAUCAUUGAAUUUUAUUCACUCUUAAUUUAAUAACCCAAACUCAAAAAUAUGUAUAACCAGGAGACGUCUAAUAAAUUGAAGAUUACAGACAAGAA